AUGGAUACUCUUGUGCUUGUUUAUCUACUACUAUUACCAAUCUUUAUUCUAUUCAUUAUCCACAAACACAAAACAAGAGCCUCAUCAAUUCCACCUGGCCCAACACCUCUUCCUCUACUAGGAAAUCUACACCAAAUUGAUAGUUCAUCCCCACAUCUUUCCCUAUGGAAACUCUCCAAACACUAUGGACCUAUCAUGUCUUUGCACUUUGGCAAUACACCAACCUUAGUUAUUUCCUCAUCAAAAAUGGCAAAACAUGUGUUGAAAACUCACGACCUUAAGUUUGCAAGUAGACCAUCUUUUCUAGGACUGAGAAAGUUGUCAUACAAUGGUUUAGAUUUGGGUUUUGCACCUUAUAGUCCUUAUUGGAGAGAAAUGAAAAAACUCUGUGUUCUUCAUCUCUUUAGUUCUCGGCGUGUUGAAUCUUUUAGGUCCAUUAGAGAAAAUGAAGUGGCCCUAUUGAUUCAAAAGUUGUCACAAUAUGAAGGUGAUGACAAAGGUGUUAACUUGAGUGAAGCAAUGAUGUCUUUCACCAAUACACUUAUAUGUAAGAUAGCUUUUGGGAAAAAGUAUGAUUUUGAUUAUGGAGAAGUUGAAUUGGGAAGUGGAGAAAGGAAAAGUAGAUUACAUGUUUUGCUUAAUGAAGCUCAAGCUUUGUUAAGUGAAUUUUAUUUUUCAGAUCAUUUUCCAUUGUUAGGUUGGGUUGAUAGAGUUAGAGGCACUAUAUGGAGGCUUGAAAAAACCUUCAAAGAGUUGGAUUUGAUAUACCAAAAAGUCAUUGAUGACCAUAUGGAGAAUUCAUCAUGGCCUAAAACUAAGGAUCAUGAAGUAGUUGAUAUCAUUGAUAUUUUAUUGCAGAUGAUGAAUGAUCAUUCACUAUCUUUUGAUCUCACUCUCGACAACAUUAAAGCUUUGCUUAUGAAUAUCUUUAUAGCAGGAACAGACACAAGUGCAGCAAUAGUGGUUUGGGCUAUGACAGCAUUGAUGAACAAUCCAAGAGUGAUGAAAAAAGUUCAAAUGGAAAUGACAAACUUAUAUGAAGACAAAGAUUUCAUAAAUGAAGAUGAUAUUGAAAAGCUACCUUAUCUUAAAUUAGUGGUGAAAGAGACAUUAAGAUUAUUCCCUCCAACACCAUUACUACUACCAAGAGAAACAUUAGAAAAUUGUAACAUAGAUGGUUAUGAGAUUAAGCGAAAAACUCUAGUAUAUGUUAAUGCAUGGGCCAUAGCAAGAGAUUAUGAGAAUUGGGAAGAUCCAGAAGAGUUUUAUCCCGAAAGAUUCUUUAUGACCGGAGUGGAUUUUAAAGGAAAGGAUUUUGAGUUUAUUCCAUUUGGAAGUGGAAGAAGAAUGUGUCCUGCAAUGAACAUGGGAGUUGUGACUGUUGAACUUUCACUUGCUAAUAUUCUUCAUUGUUUUGAUUGGAAAUUACCUUGUGGUUUUGAUGAGGAAGAGGUAUUGGAUACAGAAGUGAAACCAGGAAUUACUAUGCAUAAGAAAAUUGAUCUUUAUCUUGUUCCUAGGAAAAGAAAACCUUAG